CGCCACCGAGCGCAGCGCCGCGCAGCAGCCGCCCGAGCCCCGGAGCGCGCAGAGCCGGCCAUGGGCAAGUCAGCUUCCAAACAGUUUAACAAGGAGGUCCUGCAGGCCCACAAUGAGUACCGCGCGCAGCACGGAGUCCCCCCGCUGAAGCUCUGCAAGAAGCUCAACCAGGAAGCUCAGCAAUACUCGGAGGCUCUGGCCAGCACGAGGAUUCUCAAGCACAGCCCAGAGUCCAGUCGCGGUCAGUGCGGGGAGAACCUGGCAUGGGCAUCCUACGAUCAGACGGGAAAGGAGGUAGCUGAUAGGUGGUACAGUGAAAUCAAGAACUACAACUUCCAGCAGCCUGGCUUCACCUCGGGGACUGGGCACUUCACAGCCAUGGUGUGGAAGAACACAAAGAAAAUGGGAGUAGGAAAGGCAUCUACAAGUGAUGGGUCUUCCUUUGUGGUGGCCAGAUACUUCCCAGCAGGGAACGUUGUCAACCAGGGCUUCUUCGAAGAAAAUGUCCUGCCGCCAAAGAAGUAACUUGCCAAAUGUGAUGGGAAGGUGGGAGUGUUAAGGACAUUAUAUGAAGUGCCUGGAACAACAAACACCUGCAUGCCUGUCCCUGUGGGCAUAUAUGCUCGUGUGUGUGUGUGUGUGUGUGUGUGUGUGUGUGUGUGUGUGUGUAGGAGAGCAUCUCCUGUGCACACACUUGGAUAAGCAGCUGUGCGUGCACUCGUUCUUGCUAAGGACACGAGCAUCUGAAGCUGUUUUCAGAUGAUUGCCUAGACCACAAUUAUAGAUUUGGGUGGGAUCAACUUUAACAUUUUUUAAUUAUUUCUUAAGCAAAACUUCUUUUGUACCUUUCUUACUUUUGAUGUCCAUCCUUGGACUUUGUGUAUUCCAAACAUUUGUGAUACUGAGAAGUGAAGUUCGUUUUCUGUGACCUUCAUGCCUUGUAAUCCAUUUUUGGUAGAUAUUGAGGGCUGUUGAACCUUCACUAAACUUGCAACAGAAACAUGGGCCAGCCACGGGCUCUGCUUCACAGGAUCAUUGAAAUUUCUCAGCUCUCAGGCAUGACGUCAUUGGGCAUCUUCUGGGAUUCUCUAAUGGAAUUGCCAAAGAACAAAAGCAGGGGUGGGGGUGAGGGAAGCUUUGCUUCCUUGCAGUUUUCAACCUUUAAGUAGCAAAUACCACAACCACUGCCCCCUCUAAUCCCCUGUGCAUCUUUUUCCUUAAACCGAUCUGCAUUUCAGAGCUCACUACAUCCUGGUUUCUGGAAGGCUGGAAUGCACCCCUGCCCCCACACCCUGCUAGAUGACCCCAGGAGAGACUUCCUUACACUGGCUGGGCUGUGGGCCAAGAAGCCUUAGGCGAUGAUGUCAGUGGUGUUGGGGUGAGGCUGAGCUCACUGGGGUCCCUGGAGGAAGUCCCACAGCCUCUGGUACUCCCCAGCCCUGGCAGCUGUGGCUGCAGCUGCUCUGCUGCUCCCUCCUGGAAUGUGUGACAAGCCCAAAUGCUUCAAGGAGGGGUCCCAGACAGGGAUUUUAGAAACGCUAAUUUGGUUCUGUGUUUUGCUUCAAACUAUACCAAGUUCCCAUGAAUCGCUGUUUAAUCAAGUCCAUAUGGGAGGGACCAACCCAGAUGCCCAGCUGAGUGUCCCUGAAACCAUGGCAUCUCCACCCAUCAACACAGCAGGAACCCAGGGCAGGGGCUGUUGGCCUAAAGACAGAGUCUGAGCCAGUCAGUGUUUGAAACUGCUUCCAAGUCUUUGUCGCACCGUGGGCACAGCCCCAUGUUGUGCCCAUCAUUUCAUCCAGGGAUAUUGACUAAUAAAACAAUAAAACCAUU